GGCGGCGUGUUUGAAAGCGAGGCCAAAGUGGGUGGGAGCGCGUGCUGUUGGGAGUUGCUUGGAGGUUGGCGGCGCGGGGCUGAAGGCUAGCAAAUCGAGCGAUCAUGUCGCACAAACAAAUUUACUAUUCGGACAAAUACGACGACGAGGAGUUUGAGUAUCGACAUGUCAUGCUGCCCAAGGACAUAGCCAAGCUGGUCCCUAAAACCCAUUUGAUGUCUGAAUCUGAAUGGAGGAAUCUUGGUGUUCAGCAGAGUCAGGGAUGGGUCCAUUAUAUGAUCCAUGAACCAGAACCUCACAUCUUGCUGUUCCGGCGCCCACUACCCAAGAAGCCAAAGAAAUGAAGCUGGCAAGCUACUUUUCAGCCUCAAGCUUUACACAGCUGCCCUUACUUCCUAACAUCUUUCUGAUAACAUUAUUAUGUUGCCUUCUUGUUUCUCACUUUGAUAUUUAAAAGAUGUUCAAUACACUGUUUGAAUGUGCUGGUAACUGCUUUGCUUCUUGAGUAGAGCCACCACCACCAUAGCCCAGCCAGAUGAGUGCUCUGUGGACCCACAGCCUCAGCUGAGUGUGACCCCAGAAGCCAUGAUGUGCCCUGUAUCCGGAACACACUUGGCAGAUAAAGGAAGCAUCUGAGUUUGAGACCAUGGCCGUUACAGGGAUCAUGUAAACUUCCUGUUUUUGUUUUUUCCUCCCGGGUGUUGUAUGUAUGGUGACUUGUGGAUUUAUGUUUCAUUGUACUGGAAACUUUCCAUUUUAUUCAAGAAAUCUCUUCAUGUUAAAAGCCUUGAUUAAAGAGGAAGUUUUUAUAAUCUAA